AAAGCAUGAAUCAGCUACGGCGGCGGUGGUCGCCAUGGCAGGAAGGGAAGAAACUGGUUGAUGGGGGAGGUGCGGCGGCACGGCACCGAUAGGUGGUAGCAAUGCGAGUGGGUAAGAGCGAGAAACAUUUCUCGCACGGAAUGCGAAAACACGGGCGGGAGCGAGAGACCGCAAUCUACCAACCGGGCAUGGCAUGAAUGAGGAGAACAAGAAAGAGAGCCUAGGCGUAAGAGUCAAAUCAGCAGCCGAAAACUUGAUGGUACAUAUAACCGAGAGUCAAAUCGUCAGCAGCUGUGUAUAUAGAAGGAGAUUUAAUGUACGCACUCUAGGGGUCUACGGUGCUACGGGGGGCAUCAAUAAAGCAGCUACUAGUGUAGGUUUUCUCUUCGGCCUGACGGAUGAUGCCUUCUCGCUCUGGCCUGCGAGGUGCCUCGAACGGCAACACGGUUAAGUACAGUAGAUGUCUGCAGUUUCCAGUUCACAGCUACUAUGCCAGAAAGUCUUUUGACUUCUGUUACUAGCAAACGUUCGCAACACUCGUUCCAAGUCCAGCGUACUAAACAGGCCGUUUUUUGGUAGCCACCUUCUACAAUUCUCCGUCAUAACUUUUAAACUUUUCGGGUUACCCGAUUGACUCGAACGACGACGAUUGGUGUGCGGGGCAUACACACACGUUCCGACGCGUUUUGCCUCCCGUAUUGCUUGCUGACUGGUUGGUUGAUCGGUCGGCCUCUCGUGUGGUUAUUUCGGUGUGUAUUAUUGCGCGCUGCUGUGUUCGGUGCGGAGUUCGGUCUCAUCAUCUUCAUCUUCGAACGCGACCCAUCCGAGGGAACGUCUGCGCGCUGCUCUACACUACUCUUGCCUUCAAGUGCGGAAGAUCAAUUUAGUCAUAAUAGCGAUACGCACAGAAGCGCUCGGAAGUUAUAUUACAUCUGCGAUAUUAUUAACUCUCACACUUUUUUCAACUGUGCUAGAGUCUAGAGCAUCCCACUGUCGGUCAGCAGCUCUGCAGGAUUUGCUUAAUAUUAUUCCGAUUAUAUUUAGCAUUUUAUUGCCGCAACCUUCCAAGUUUGGCGAAUCUUUCGCUGUUCUGUGAUCAGAAGAGAAGUUUCUGCAAAAUAAUAGUGAAUUUGAAUAAAUAAUUGCGAAGACGGAAGCAAUUUGUAUCAUCAAAGUGUCACGAAAGUUGCUAGUUGUGCUAAACAGUGAAUAACACAGUGUUAAGUUGUUCCAAAUUUGACAAGAAAAACUGCACCAGUUAGGAAAAUCAAUUAUCCACAACAACACUUCAGGAACGUCAAAAAUAAAACCCAAAGGAAUAAUUUUUCGGUUCCCAGCCGCCGCGGAUUGUGUAGGAUCUCCCCUUACGAGUGAGUGGUGACUAAAUCCGAAGUAAGCAGACCAUAAACCAUCGUCAGCACACACUCAUUUUCGCCUCGAACAAAAUUUGCCAAACAAUAAACACAUCACAGCCGGUGAUUUUUUUUUCCAAAAUAAACCAAACAAAACAAAAUUCAAAAAUCACUUCCCAUUAAAAACAAAAACAUCCCAAGUCAAAAAAUUAACUCGAUAAACCCACCGAAACACCUAAACCCGGAAACGAACCGAACCCGCCCCACCAUCCGUCACAAUGUAUCUCGCCACGCUACGAAUUGACAACGACAACCACGGUAGGGGCGACUUCCGUCCCAAGAUGCGGCCAAAGUGCGAGUUCGUGUGCAAGUACUGCCAGCGCCGGUUCACCAAGCCGUACAAUCUGAUGAUCCACGAGCGCACCCACAAGAGCCCGGAGGUGACGUUCUCGUGCGAGGUGUGCGGCAAGUACUACAAACGGCAGGAAAAUAUCCGCUCGCAAAGAUGCAGUCAGUGUAUUUGGCGGUAAGCAACCAUAUUCCCACUAUCAAUCCACACGUACGGUAUGAAUGGUAACAACAACAAUCGAGCAUACUGAGCCCAGCUUGAAGCUGCACUUGUCACUGUUUCGCUAAUAUUAAUUCUAAUUACGAUUACGAUUAUUUAAACAAAAAAAAACAGCAUAAUGCUUACCGAGUCCGAGUGCAUUACGGCGAAGAACGGCAGCAGCAAGCGAACUUGAUUGAGAAUUGAGAAGACUGUUGCGAGUAGAAUGUGGUACCGGGUGCUGCGAGAAAGCACAGAUGAAUGGAAAACAAAUCCAGUUUGCGAGUGUGAAUGUGUAAAAGUCUAAAGACAGGAAGUGCGAAUGGUUAUUGUAAAUUGUCUAAUUACUAAAUCAAGCAUAUGCGUGGAUAGAACGUCAAUAAACUUUGAAGUUUGACUUUAAAGACCAACGAUCAAAAUAAAAAGAACGUAAAACUACUAUUAUUGAUAAUCUCGUCUAAAACUUGUAAAUAGCUUCAAAACAAACAAAAAUGCUUUAAACUUGUUUUUAUUGUCCUAUUUUCCAUAAUCAUUAUUUACACUGAACAAGUUGAGAGUAAAUAAAAAAUCCAACAGAAACAUUUUGCAUUUUUUCCGUUCCGACAGGAUCGCACUUUUAAUCAGCAAUUAGGAUGUAUGAACUAAUUUAUAUUCGAACUAUUAACAUUAUAUCAUUCCUUAUGAAUUAUCUUAGGUUUAUAUUCAUACAUAUAUUUAAAUAAAUGCGCAAAGUAUCCCAGUUAAAUUGUAAUUAUUAGUUUUUAAUAUCGAAUGUGACGAAUUUACUUAAUGCGAUCUUCCUCCCGAUUCUUUGCGGUUUCAUAGGCUGUCUAUUUAUCCAAGAUCGUGUGAUCGAUCCCACUCCGAAGAAGUUCACGCUAUAGUGCACAGUCAUGCACUCCGAACCUAAGCCAUUGUCGUCAGUUUCGUUGAAAAAUUGAUGGAACAAAGCGAGAAAAAAAAAACACAUUUUCAUACAGCUCUCCAACGAUCAAACCAUGAAAAGACCAACUAAGUGGAAUCUUUUUGGCCUUUUCGGCACACACUUCAUUCGAAAAACAUCACUCAAUCAGCACAAGUUCUCCAGGGAAUUUCUAUUCUGUCAGGAGUCACCCACUUGAUACUGGAAAAGAGCGAACCUUAAACGAUAUCGCCCCCUGCCUAUUUAGCUACUGGUUUUCGUGCAAUAUCCCCGAGCCGUAAAUUGAUCCCUGAGGGGUUGGCGUGAACUUCUUGAAAUUUGGUUGUCCCUUUUCCCAGUAACCAAACCUCAGUAAACUUCUAGCCGUGCUUAGAAUAGAUUCUAGUCUUACCCGUGAAGAAAUCAUCGAAUAUUUGAUUUUUAUCGAACGAGCAGUUGCUAUUUCGGAGCAAGUUCCACUUUAAAUUUUGAGUGCUGUUAAUUGUCCGUUUGAUUCCCAAUUGUUUCGCGACAGGAUAGAAACAGGAAAACUCUAUACAUAUAGGUAUUUAUUUCCACACUGAAUUUGUGAACAAAAACUGAUUCUUGUAAAAGCUGUGAAUGUCGUACUUAGUCGUACAAUGGAAGAUAGAGCAAAUCAACAGAAGAAUUAAGCAGCUUGCUAUCGAAUAAGCAUUCAAAGGGUUUUGCGUGAGAAACAUGUUAAUAUUUUUUUUAUUAAAUCUGAUGUGAGGAAGAAGGAAAAAUAAAUGCAAAACUGAACGCUAUAA